AUGAAUGUUAUAACAGGAAACUCUAUUCCACAUGCUUUGAGAUCACAAAGCAUAGGUAUUACAUUUGCAGAAAGGCGUGCUGAAAGGGAUCAUGUUUCUGCUCCAAGAACAUUAGACAGGACCAAAUUUUGGAAAAUAUUUCGUUUAUUUACCAUCGCGACCUUACCGGCAUUAAUUGUAACUGGACAAAAUAUUUUCAGUUUAUUUGAAGACAUAGAGAAUCACAGUUUAAAUCUGAUAUUGCAAAAGAACGUCAAAUUAAGCGUAAAGUUAGGAAAAUUAAUGCACCAAAUACAAAUCGAGAGGGGAACAACCGCUCUGUUUGUGUCAUCUGAAACUGACAAAGAUCGCCGAGAGAUAGUACAGAGACUAUCAUUAUUAUACAUUCUCACGAAUACAGCUUUGUUGGACCUCAACGAGUGGGAAACUCAAACAAAUCUUGAGCACUUUCAAUCACGAAAUAGCUUCAAAGCAUACAUUGAGGCAUUUCGCGCAGAUGUGCAUUCAGAAAAUAAAACACUUCAUGACGUUCUUAAAUUUUAUUCUGAUAUAAACAUAGUAAUCAGCUCACUUAUCGGUGAGAACAUCAACAUCAAUGUGCCUUUUAGACACUGGUUGGAGUUAACUGCGUAUGAACUACUUUUGUAUGGCAAAGAACAGGCCGGUAUAGAACGUGCUUUAGGGAGUACAUAUUUUGCUAGAGGGUUGUUGCCAAGCAAGGAUCUAUUACUCUACAACGAGAAGCGCGUAUUGGGACACCACUUUUUAAACCGGUCAAUGAUGAACUCUGAUUUUGCAAGGAAUAUGUUUGAGGACAUGUUUAUUCAAACACAACUUGCAGCUGAUAUAAAGAUGAUGCGAAGUAAAAUAAGCCAGAAUAUAGCUCAAAACGCCUCAGCAGCAUCCGGUAUUGUAUGGUUUGAUAACAUGACGGAAUAUAUAAACAUUUUAGAGGUCAUACAAGACGCUCUUGCUGAGCGGAUUGUUCAGCAUGCAGUCGAGGAAAACAAGUAUGUAGAAAGCACUCUUGUAGCAUGCAUUGUUCAACUUUUUAUAGCUAUUGUCACAGUUCCAAUUAUAUUUUUCCUGGUGAAUAAUAUCGUCAACAUAUCAUCUUUGCUGGAGAAGAAGAAGUUUCAUCUCGAAGCGGAAAAACACCAAACAGAAUUACUAAUACAAAAAUUGGAGACGGAGCGGAAACGGACGGAAGAACUUUUGUAUCAGCUUCUUCCAAAGUCUGUGGCAAAUACAAUUAUGGAAAAUGGAUUUGUUGAGCCUGAGUCGUAUAAUGCAGCGACAAUUAUGUUUUCUGACGUUGUUGGAUUUACAAGGAUUUCCAGUGUCAUCACCCCAAUGCAGGUUGUGGCAAUGCUUAAUGGACUGUACAUGGCAAUAGAUGGUCGGUUGGAACUAUUUGAUGUUUACAAAGUAGAAACAAUAGGUGAUGGAUACAUGGUUGCGUCAGGUCUGCCGAAAAGAAAUGAAGAUCGACACGUCAUUGAGAUAGCUAGACUAUCUUUAGAUCUUCUAAAUACUGUUAAGCAUGUGGACAUUGACAACCUUCGGGAAAAUCAUCUUCAAUUAAGGAUUGGUUUUCAUACAGGUCCAUGUGUUGCUGGAGUUGUUGGUAUAAGAAUGCCGAGAUAUUGUAUAUUUGGUGACACCGUCAAUACUGCCUCAAGGAUGGAAUCAACUGGAAUACCAAUGCAGAUACAGAUGACUAAGUCAUCCACCAAACAUUUGCGGAAACUCAUUAAAUUUCAAAUACGAAAACGAGGUCAGAUAGAGGUCAAG